AUGGACAGUUCGCAGCUCUGCCUCUGCAGGUCUCCGCUUGGAGCACUGAACUCUCGGAUCUGCUACAAAGAACUACCGGGGUACCCGCGCUUUGCUCCAGUCCAGCGCAUUCACGAUGCAGCUCUGUCCGAAGGAUUCUGGCGACCUUGGAUUCCCACCCCAAAAGAUGCAGAAAGGCAGUGCAGGCAGCACCAUAGGGCGCUGUGCAGCCCUUCUGAAUCUACAGAAGACUCAGCAAAACUUACGCAGUAUACACAUCCAGUCAGGUUAUUUUGGCCCAAAUCAAGGUGCUUUGACUACCUGUAUCAAGAAGCGGAAGCACUUCUGAGGAACUUUCCUGCCCAAGCCACAAUUUCCUUUUAUGAAGAUUCAGGGAGUGAAGAAGAUAGUGAUGAGAUGGAACAUGAUUCAGAAGCAGAAUUGGAUAAUUAA